GACCUGCCGCUUCCCACCAACACCACAACCUCUCUCACUCCGACAUUGAAACGUUAAGUUUUCUUUGUCUCUUUGUACUUUUCUCUUAAUUCAUUGCACGAGAGGAAAUCAUCAGCCAUGUCUUUCGGCAAGGUCUACAGCGUCAAGGACCACCCCCGCACCCAGCCCAUUCUGGCUGUUGCUAAGGAGAAUGGCCUUGACAUCGAGCUCGUCGAGACUGUUCCCGGCCAGGUCUCUACCGACUACCUGAAGCUGAACAAGCUCGGCAAGAUCCCCACUUUCGAGGGUGCCGAUGGCUUCGCUCUCUCUGAGUGCAUUGCCAUCGCCGUCUACGUCACCUCUCAGAACGAGAAGACCGCCCUGCUCGGCAAGACCAAGCAGGACUACGCCUCCAUCCUUCAGUGGAUGUCCUUCGCCAACCAGGAGGUCCUCCCCAAGCUUGCUGGCUGGUUCCGUCCCCUGAUUGGCAAGGAGUCCUACAACAAGAAGUCCGUUGAGGAGUCUCAGAAGGCCGCCCUCAAGGCCGUUAAGGUUCUUGAGGAGCACCUGACCGUCCACACCUACCUCGUCAGCGAGAGGCUCACUCUCGCCGAUAUCUUCGCUGCCUCUAUCUGCCAGCGCGGUUUCCAGUACUUCUUCGAUAAGCAGUGGAGGUCCGAGAACCCUGCCACCACCCGUUGGUUCGAGACCGUCGUCAACCAGCCCAUCUGGACUGCCGUUGCCGAGAAGUUCAGCUUCAUCGACGAGGCUAUCAAGAACGUUCCCCCCAAGAAGGAGGCUGCUCCCAAGAAGGAGGCUGCCCCCAAGGCGGCCAAGCCCGCUGCCGAGGCUGAGGAUGAGCCCGCUCCUGCCCCCAAGCCCAAGCACCCCAUUGAGGAGCUUGGCCGCCCCACCUUCGCUCUUGACGAGCUAAAGCGCAAGUACUCCAACGAGGAGACCCGCGAGGUUGCCCUUCCCUGGUUCUGGGAGAACGUCAACUUCGAGGAGUACUCUCUCUGGAAGUUGGACUACAAGUACAACGACGAGCUGACCAUGACCUUCAUGACCUCCAACCUGAUUGGCGGUUUCUUCACUCGUCUUGAGGCUUCCCGCAAGUACAUCUUCGGUGCCGCCUCCGUGUACGGUGUCACCAACGACUCCGUCAUCCAGGGUGCCUUCCUCAUCCGUGGCAACAACGCCGAGCACGCCUUCGACGUCGCUCCCGACUACGAGAGCUACCAGUUCACCAAGCUUGACCACACCAGCGAGGAGGACAAGAAGUUCGUCGAGGACAUGUGGGCGUGGGACAAGCCCAUCGAGGUCAACGGCAAGACCUACGAGUGGGCCGACGGCAAGGGCGCCGGUGGUGGGCCAAACGAAGACAGCGUCACCGGGUUCCUUGUGCGCUCAGCGUCAUCGAGAUGGGCCAAGAACUCUGUCUUAGCCGUUGAUGCCGGAACGCACUUAUCCGCCAUCACGCGCAUCUUGGAGAAGGACUUUCCCCUGGUGGCUCAGCACAAUCCCGGCACGCCACGGACGCAAUUCGAACAUGAGGAUUCUCAGGAUUCCCCCAGCCCUACGGACACUGGCUCUUCGAUGAUCGAAGCUUCUUCGCCAGGAACUGAGAGUUCGUUCCGGUCUUACUCGCCUCAACCGACCAUUACGACACUGAGCUCCGGCCCGUUUGCCGGCCUGCCUUUUCCGCAUGCUUCGGCACGAGCAAACGCCGUGCACGUAGUCCGAGAACAUGUGUCUACCUAUCUAAUCACUCACCCACAUCUCGACCAUCUAUCAGGCUUUGUCAUCAACACUGCUGCCUUUCACAACACGACUAGGCCAAAGCGCCUAGCAGCUCUCCCCUUUACCGUGAACUCUAUCAAAACCCAUAUCUUUAACGAUAUCAUUUGGCCGAACCUUACUGACGAGGAUGGAGGCGUCGGAUUCGUCACCUUUCAGCGACUGGCCGAGGGCGGAAAUAUUGCAUUAGGCGAAGGACCUGGUAGGGGUUAUAUUGAAGUGUGCGAUGGUCUAGGGGUAAAAGGCUUCAAAGUCAGCCACGGGCACUGCAUGACAGUUCAGAACCACAUACACCGGGGAAGCAGCGUGCAGUUCAACGACCCGAAUGCAAUGCAGGCAGCUACUAGUGGCGACGGCAGAUCCCUAUCGAUCUCUGGCCAGCCUUCACAACCAGGUACGCCCCAUUACACCGGCCACAAUACCUCGGCCCCGACCAUGGAUCCCACGAUACGACAAUGUGUUAUAGACAGCUCCGCCUACUUCAUCCGCACCGAGUCCGAGCGGUACAACUCCUCAUCACGCCCCCCUCCGGCACGAGAAAUCCUCAUCUUCGGCGACGUCGAGCCGGACUCCCUGUCCAUGUCACCGCGCACCGCAAACGUGUGGGCAGAAGCCGCACCCAAGAUCGCCUCCGGCGUCCUCAAAGGCAUUUUCAUCGAAUGCAGCUACACAGACUCGCAAGGCGACGCCGUACUCUUCGGACACCUCGCGCCACGACAUCUAAUCAACGAACUCCAGACGCUAGCCGACAUGGUGCGCGAGGCACGCAAGGAGCUCGAGCGCGAGCGCGAAGAACACCGCAAAGCACGUAAACGCAAGCGCGCCAGCUACGCCAUGCGCGACUACCUGGACACGCCUAGCGGGACGCCCACGCCCGCAGCGCUGGACCCAACGCAGCAGCCGAUCUUCCCGCAGCUGAUUCUGCCAACGGACGCGGAGGCAUGCUCGCGCGCGCACACGCACACGCACGCGAUGACGUCGCCGCCGCCAAUGUCAACGUCCAUGCCCAUGCCGCACGCGCUGUCGCCCGCCGUGCUGGACCCGCACACGGCGGCGCCAGUGAGCGCGGCCGCACGCCUCGCCCAGCAGCAACUGCAGCAGCUGUCGGCGGGGGCGCCGCUGCGCGGCUUGCGCGUCAUUGUGAUUCAUGUCAAGGACACGCAUACGGAUGGGCCGUUGGUUGGGGAGGCGAUUCUGGCAGAGUUGGAGGCGCAUGAGCGCCGUUUGGCUGAGGGGGGGAGGCCGCUCGGCUGCGAGUUUGCGGUUAGUAGGCAUGGGGGGAGUUAUUGGUUUUAGUGCGUGUGUGUGUGGGUGGUUUUCUUGGUGGAGUGGAGUGCGUGGGUGGGUGCUCUGGCCGGAUUUGUGGUAACUUGUGGAUGGCGGGUUGGGCGGACGGACGGAUAUACUGAUGUAUGCAUGUAUUAUUACCGCCAGCGACGCGCGCGCGCGCGCGCGGGUCGUUGGUCCGUCGGAUGUGUUUGUGGGGGCUUCGUUUCGCUGCUUGUCUAUCUAUCUAUCUAUCUGUAUACAAAUAAACGGACGGAAAGGAAGGACGGGAGAGAGGAAAGGAUAGGAACACGCAUUUCUGGCUGGUACAGGCCCAUUAAGCACAGGGGUUGGGAGCAUUCGAAUGGAUGGACUGGGCUGGUUGCUAGAUAU